AUGACCGCGAAAUUAUUAUCACGCUAUCCAUGGGCAUCAAGCCCGCUUAUCAUCAGCGCGCCGAUGCGUGUCAUGUCCGGCCCAGCACUGGCAGUCGCAGUCUCACGCGCCGGUGGCUUAGGCUUCAUCGGCCCUGGCAUUAAAACCACAGAUAUGGGGAAUGACCUCGAAGAAGCAUCGGCCCUCAUCCAAAAAUCCCGUGUCUCGUCGCCAAUAUUCAACUCUUUACCGUCCCAAAAUUUACUAUUGCCAGUUGGAGUCGGGUUUCAACUCUGGGGAGACAAGCUACCUGAUGCCGUCGCUGCGGUUGAGAAAUUCAAGCCUUGUGCAGCUUGGUUGUAUGCCCCUAGUGAUGGUUCGAAGGAUUAUGAUGACUGGUCGAGUCAAAUUCGCCAAGUAUCUCCCCAAACCCAGAUCUGGAUUCAGAUCGGUACACUUGGAGAGGCGAAGCAACUUCUGCAUAUAUCCCAGAAACCGGAUGUCAUUGUUGUGCAGGGAUCUGAGUCGGGUGGUCACGGUCGGGCGACGGAUGGCAUGGGUAUCAUGUCACUGUUUCCGGAGGUAGCAGACGCAGUUGCGAGCAGCCAGAUUCCUCUGGUAGCGGCUGGAGGUAUUGCUGAUGGACGAGGAGCUGCAGCGGCCCUGUGUCUAGGUGCUUCGGGUGUGGCGAUGGGCACUCGGUUCCUAGCUGCUGAUGAAACGCGCAUUAGCCGGGGUUACCAAAAUGAGGUCGUGCGUGCGUCAGAUGGAGCUGUGAACACAACACGGACACUGCUCUACAAUCAUCUGCGUGGUACAUUUGGGUGGCCAGCUGAAUACAGUCCAAGAACAAUUAUUAACAAAUCUUUCGUUGAGCACCAGGCGGGUGCUUCCUUUGAGGAGCUCAAGGGUCUUCAUGAUGAGGCUAUGAAAUCUGGUGAUGAUGGAUGGGGCCCAAAUGGCAGGCUUGCAACUUAUGCGGGUGCCUCUGUUGGAUUGGUCCACAAUGUGGCUAGCGCAGGGGAUAUCGUGCGAGAAGUUCAAGGAGAUGCUGUCAAAAAAAUUCAAUCAUUGGGUUUUUAA